GGCCGGCUGAGCUGCGGUCGCCCGCGGUCUGAGGAACCUGAGGCGCGGGUCCGGGAGCCGCGAGGAGCCUGAACGGCUGCGGGCACGAGGGCGGGCGUGCCCAGAGUGGUCGCGCGGCCGUCGGCCGCCGCCCCGCCACCUUGCUACUUACAGGUCUCCUCCUUCUCCGCCGGGACGCGGGAGAGCCCGGCGCGCGGCGGGGGCGCGAGGUGGAGCCGGCGGGGGCGGCCAAUGCGAAACUGGCUGGUGCUGCUGUGCCCGUGUGUGCUCGGGGCCGCGCUGCACCUCUGGCUGCGGCUGCGCUCCCCGCAGCCCGCCCGCGCCUCCGGGGCCGGCCCCGCAGAUCAAUUGGCCUUACUCCCUCAGUGGAAAUCUAGUCACUAUGAUGUGGUAGUUGGUGUGUUGUCAGCUCGCAAUAACCAUGAACUUCGAAAUGUGAUAAGAAGCACAUGGCUGAAGCAUUUAAUACAACAUCCAGCGUUAAGUCAACGUGUGCUUGUGAAGUUCAUAAUAGGUGCUCAUGGCUGUGAAGUGCCUGUGGAAGACAGAGAAGAUCCUUACUCCUGCAGACUACUCAACAUCACGAAUCCAGUUUUGAAUCAGGAAAUUGAGGCAUUCAGUCUUUCUGAAGACACUUCAUCAGGGCUCUCUGAGGACCGAGUUGUCAGUGUGAGCUUCCGCGUUCUCUACCCCAUCGUUAUUACCAGUCUCGGGGUGUUUUAUGAUGCCAACGAUGUGGGUUUCCAAAGGAACAUCACCGUCAAGCUUUAUCAAGCAGAACAGGAGGAGGCCCUCUUCAUUGCUCGCUUUAGUCCUCCAAGCUGUGGUGUGCAGGUGAACAGGCUGUGGUACAAGCCUGUGGAGCAGUUCAUCUUACCAGAGAGCUUUGAAGGUACAAUCGUGUGGGAGAGCCAAGACCUGCAAGGCCUUGUGUCAAGAAAUCUCCACAAAGUGACAGUAAAUGAUGGAGGGGGAGUUCUCAGAGUCGUUACAGCUGGGGAGGGUGCACUGCCUCAAGAAUUCAUGGAAGGUGUGGAGGGAGUUGCAGGGGGUUUUAUUUAUACCAUUCAAGAAGGCGAUGCUCUCUUACAAAACCUUCAUUCUCGCCCUCGAAGACUUAUUGAUCAUAUAAGUAAUCUCCAUGAGGAGGAUGCCUUACUGAAGGAGGAAAGCAGUGUCUAUGAUGAUAUUGUUUUUGUGGAUGUUGUUGACACUUAUCGAAAUGUUCCUGCAAAGUUAUUGAACUUCUAUAGAUGGACUGUGGAAACAACCAGCUUUGAUUUAUUGCUAAAGACAGAUGAUGACUGUUACAUAGACUUAGAAGCUGUAUUUAAUAGAAUUGCCCACAAGAAUCUGGAUGGGCCUAAUUUUUGGUGGGGAAAUUUCAGAUUGAAUUGGGCAGUUGACCGAACGGGAAAGUGGCAGGAGCUGGAGUACCCCAGUCCUGCUUACCCUGCCUUUGCCUGUGGGUCAGGGUAUGUGAUCUCCAGGGACAUCGUCCACUGGCUGGCCAGCAACUCGGGCAGAUUAAAGACGUAUCAGGGUGAAGAUGUAAGCAUGGGCAUUUGGAUGGCAGCCAUAGGACCUAGAAGAUACCAGGACAGCCUGUGGCUGUGUGAGAAGACUUGUGAAACAGGAAUGUUGUCUUCCCCUCAGUAUUCUCCACAGGAACUCACAGAACUGUGGAAACUGAAGGAAUUGUGUGGUGAUCCUUGUCAGUGUGAAGCAAGAUGAUAAUGAUUUUAAUUCGCAGUGUUUAAAGAUCAGGGACAACUGAAGUUCUGACACAGGAACUUUGAGAAGACGUGACAGCAAUCCUUUCACCUUUUGGAUUGUCAUGGAGUCUAUCAAUCAAAGAAAAGAAAAACCAUGAAUUCUCUCAAACGAGUUACCUGUAAAACUAGCUCAGGUGACAAGACCACAAUUGCAAUGACAGCUGUAACUGUUGUUUCACUGUAUCAAUUUACCUGAGUAAAUGAUUAGGGAAAAGGCUCGCCUAUCCUCAUGGACCCACACGAUCACGGUUUCACACCACGUUACCUGAGUCACUUGGGAAGCUGUGGGAAAUGGAGCCAAUGUUUGACCUAAGUGCCCUUUGACAAUGAGUUUUCAUACCAUUUCAGUAGUGUUUAAUAUUUCCUCCUUAAUUGGAAUGAACUAGAAAUCAUAUUCUCUGCAUAAAGGAAUAAAUGUAAGUGAAAUCAUUAAUUUUUUACACCUCUGUGAUUACCUACUUACGAAUUACU